AUGGGAAACGAGGAUGAGCGACCCCAUGACUUGGCUCGGGGUUCGAGAAAUUCCCGACGACGGGCUCGGUCCUCGCGUGAUCACAAGGUGCUGAUUAUGCCAGUUCUCCUCGCGAAAUGCUCUUCAUGGGUAAACAGGCGAUUGAAAGCCAUUUCCCCGUGCCAGUUCCCGGGAUCCCUGGAAACCUCCCAAUGUGCUGCACGGCAACCGGCGUCCAGGAUCGAGGCGCCGUCUGGCAAGAAGGUCAAGAACUGGCUAAUGAACGAAACAACCUUGACCGCUGCCGUGUCUCCGGAGCGCUUGAGCCGGGACACGAUCGAACCCAUGCCUCGGUUCGUCGUCCCGGCCUUAUCCCCGGGAAAGAAGGCGCCAGUGAAGAUGGCGUCGAAGCCGGCGAAAUCGCGAUCCAGGCCCGUGCCGGCGAAGCUGAGGAACGGGAUGAAGAAACCGUUUUCGAAGAACGUCAUCCUGGGUCAAACUUACCCAUUCUCGGGCACGGACAUUGACUGGAGACUGAAGGCUCGUCUUUCGGCGGAGCUUCGUGGCACCGGGAAUUUCAUCACGCCCAAGCAGGUUAUGCCUGCUAGAAAAGAGGUGCCCAAAGAGAACGCGACGCAGAAGCCCGUCGUUCAAUUGGCUCGCGUGGAGCAGAAAGGGCCAAUUCACCAGGUUCAGCACGUUCUCCGGAGCCCAGUAGCGCAGAUCGUAAAGGUCAUGCCCGCGAAGCAGCUUCCCGCAGCGAAGGACGUGAAAACCGGCUCCCCGGUGUAUUUCCGCGCCCUCGCCCCGAAAGCUAUUCCCGCGAAGCGAGCAGCGGAUCUGAAAGCGGGAGAUCUGGUGGCUGCUGUUGGGAAGAAGCUCAAGCUGCCAGCAGCGAGUGCACCACCACCACAUCCACCACCACCACCACCACUCGUCAGCGCUGCCAUCCAGACCCCGGCGUCGCUGGGCAAGCCCGUGAAAACUUCUGGAGAGUUCCUGUGCGCCCUGAGUGUCAAUGAAGCGAGGAAGACAAAUGUUAGCAGACCCGCGGGAGUUAUCUCGAUGGAUCAAUUGACAACAGUAAAUGGGCGUCGCGCUUUGGGUGAUGGGACGGUGACAGGUGGUCUCCUGCUCGUUAAUGUGCUUCUUUCGGGGAACUCUGCGGAAUGCGCUUCCGCCACUUCGGGGGUUUCAACUCGUAACGUCCGAGAAGGUGUAGUCGAAAUCGGCCGACUGGGGAAAUCCUUUUCCACGUCUCUACUUCAACCUGAAAUGCAAGGCAUACCGUCUUUAUUGGAAAUAACGCAACAGGACUGCGAUGUGAACGCACCUUUAUCAAAUACAAACGGAUUGUUGCAAGGGAGCGAUUUACUUCAUGCUCUGGAAAUGAGCGAUUUUACGGAUUAACGUUGCGGAGUGCAGUGUUCAUACUGUAUAUGCCAGGAGUUCGUUUUUAUUUUUUUUCGCACGGUUUUACGGACUAGCUGAGGCAGGAUUUGAGCCACUGCUUCCAAUAAAUUGUGAUAAGAGUCAGGAAUGACUUCGUUGGAGUGGUUUUGAAAGCGUUGGAUACGACAGAGAAUGCGUGUGUGCUGCGUGGCUACUUAGUCCUGUUGAAUUUUCAGUUUUUUUUUUUUUCGUUUAGGAGGCUCGUUGGUAAGAAGCAUGGACUGAAAUCUUGUCCCCUGGGGCCUUAAAUCGAAUUGUCCUCUUUGGCGCUUCGAUCCUUGAGUAAGCUCGUGUUCGGAGAGCUGCGUCUUUCGUGAAGCGUUUAAGCAAUGAUAGAUUUUGUUAUUGUUUUGAAACCUUUCGAGACCUUGAGGUUGCUCCUUCUUCUUCGAAAGCUUGUACAAUCCCGGAACCUGAAACUGCCUGAAGAUUUUUCGUUGUUGUUAGGGUUGUUCCCUCGUUCCAGGAAUUUCAAUCCCUGCAAGCUGAUCUUAAAUGACAAAGCGAAUGAUGGUGGGAUUGCACUGCCCACCCGGGAUAGCUGCGGGUUGCUUGUGCUACGUGAGCCGUGAUGGAGCGUGUGAUGUGUUACCGCGUUUCCAUGUCUGCGCCGAAAUAGUCGAGUUCGUCCCGUCAAAUUGCGGUGUGCAUCGGUUUCGUGUGUCAAAUGUCUAGGAAAAUGUGAGUGUGAUAAAGCGCGGUUGUCUCCGUCUGCUAUGAAACAGCAUCAAAAGACAAAUUAACCGGAUUUGUUCCCCAAAGUUUUCUGUGGUUAGCGGUCGUUGUGCCUGACUGCCGCUUUGGAUUUGCCUUCUACUAAAAUUCCCGAUUGUCGGGGGAGGUUUUUUUUAAGAUCCUUUGUUUUGUGGUAAUCCGGGGGUAAUGCAAUGAGAGCCCGGAGUUCCACGAAGGGUUUUCCGAGAUUGACAGUUUCAUGAAGGCGUCCAGACCUCUAGUACAAACAUUUCAAGUGUUUUGCCUGAAAGGUGCCGGACGUGGAGCAUUCUCCUUGGUCUACGUUCUCUGUGAGAAUGUUCAAUUUUUCAAGCAGAUGUUAUAUGAUGGGGGUCUUGGAAGAGCUUGCUUGGUUUUACAUGAAUCUGUGUUUCAUGUAAGAUGCGUUUUAUUGAUGCAGUUUGAUAGUCGACGUCAUGUUUGGAUCGGCGUAGAAGGGAUGAGUGCACACCGAGCCAACAUUACAUGCGGUCAGUAUCAUUCCUGAAGCUGCUGGGAUGUUGUACUCGGUGGAGUUCCGAUGCUUCGACUAGUGGAAACCUGGGGAGUGCUUAGAUAUAUAGAACAGAUGUAGUCGCUGAUGCAUUAUUUUUCUGGUGUUGUUGUCCUGUCAGAGGUUUAUGAGUGCAAAAAAAAGGAAGAGGAAAAUUCGACGCUGUGAGGGGUUGACUUGAGGUAGCUGCUGGGCGCGCACUUCUUUUUAUCCGUAGAACUAACUGUCUGCCAGCUCCGUUUUGGUGGAAGAAUUUCCCGAUGUACUCAUUUUUCUUCAGUAAUGACAUUCUAUGUGGCGUUCAAUCUCUCUUUCACUAUUACUUUUUUCUCAGCUGAAAUAUUUCGGGUUUUUUUUUGGGAAAUACGAUGCUAUGAGUCAAGAGGUUCGUGGGAAACUGAAAUGAAAGCAUUAUCGGCCCUAAA